AUGACGGUACCGGCGAAGGGGGAUGAGUUGGUGCCACACCCGGUGAAAGACCAGCUCACCGGCAUUGAUUACUGUGUCAACAGCAACCCUUCUUGGCUCGAAGCAGUAAUUCUGGGAUUUCAGCACUUCCUGGUGAUGAUAGGGACUACAGUCAUCAUCGCCACCAUCAUUGUUCCCCAAAUGGGCGGUGGUAAUGUAGAGAAAGCUCAAGUGAUACAAACUAUGCUCUUUGUCUCAGGAGUGAAUACAUUGUUACAGACUUGGUUAGGAACCCGGCUUCCGGUCGUGAUGCGGGGAUCAUUCACUUACAUAAUCCCAGCUCUUUUUGUUGCUUUAGCCACUAGAUUCAACGUAUAUGUUAAUCCUCGUCAGAGAUUCAAAAACACGAUGAGGGCAGUUCAAGGGGCUGUCAUGCUAUCAGCCAUCCUCCCAAUAUUGAUUGGUUUUUUGGGUCUUUGGAGAAUUGUCGUGAGGUUCAUUAGCCCUCUUUCCGCUGUUCCUUUGGUAACUCUGGUUGGCCUUGGGCUUUAUGAACACGGCUUCCCUCUGCUGGCGCAAUGUAUCGAGAUUGGUCUUCCAGAAUUAAUUAUUCUGGUUCUAUUAUCUCAGUAUACGCCUCACUUCUAUAAAUUGAACCGCCCCAUCUUCGAUCGAUUUGCUGUCCUAAUCGCUGUAGGACUGGUAUGGGCAUAUGCUGCACUUUUGACUGUUGCUGGUGCAUACAAAAAUAGCCCCCCACAAACUCAGUUCAGUUGUCGUGUUGAUCGAUCUGGGCUUAUAAGUGGAGCUUCAUGGAUAAGAUUCCCGUAUCCAUGGCAAUGGGGUACUCCCAGUCUGCACGUUGGGGAAGCUAUUCUGAUGCUGGCAGCUGCUUUUGUUUCUGUUGUUGAGUCUACCGGGGCGUUUAUCGCAGCAGCAAGAUUUGGGAGCGCCACUCAUACUCCGCCUUCCGUUUUGAGCCGUGGUGUUGGCUGGCUGGGGAUAGCCAUUUUGUUUGAUGGAUUAUGGGGGACAGGAAGUGGAUCGACUGUAUCAGUUGAAAAUGUUGGUCUGCUGGCAUUGACGCGUGUUGGAAGCAGAAGAGUAAUCCAAAUAUCAGCUGUUUUUAUGCUUUUCUUCUCCAUAUUAGGGAAAUUUGGAGCUGUUCUCGCUUCUAUUCCAUUGCCUAUUGUUGGAGCACUCUACUGCGUGUUGUUCGCUUUGAUGUGUACGUAUGUUCUUGGUCUACUUCAAUUCUGCAACCUCAAUAGCUUCAGAACCAAGUUUAUAUUAGGCUUCUCUCUUCAUGGGCCUUUCAGUACGCAGUACUUUAACGGCUAUGUUUUAACAAGCGGCCAUGCCCCGUCACACACAUUCCUCUGGUUCAACAAAUUGAUGACGGUGAUCUUCACAUCCCCGGCUACCGUAGCGGGCAUUGUGGCCUUAUUCUUGGACAUGACGCUGGCACGCAAGCACAGUCUAACCAGGAAAGACAGCGGUAGGCACUGGUGGGCAAAGUACAGGACCUUUGAGAGAGAUCCCAGAAGUGAAGAAUUCUAUGGUCUCCCUUUUGGCCUUACAAAAUAUUUCCCCUCAGUUUAAUCACAUACAUUCAACAUUGCCGCUUCAUCAUACACUCGCAGCAGUACAAU